CCUUCGUUGGUUUUGACGUGUUGUCCAACGGCCGGUGGCUUUUACAGAAACGUAGUGAUUGUUUGACAUUCCAAAUCGGUAUCACUAAUAUGGGAAUAACUGGAUUAGCGAAACUCAUAGCUGAUGUAGCUCCUAAUGCUAUUAGAGAAAAUGAAAUAAAAAACCAUUUUGGUAGAAAAAUUGCUAUUGAUGCAUCAAUGAGCCUUUAUCAAUUUCUAAUAGCUGUACGAAGUGAGGGAUCACAAUUAACUUCUGUUGAUGGAGAAACAACCAGUCAUUUAAUGGGAACAUUUUACCGAACUAUAAGACUUUUGGAGAAUGGUAUUAAACCAGUAUAUGUUUUUGAUGGUAAGCCUCCACAAAUGAAAUCAUCAGAAUUAGAAAAGCGUACGGAAAGACGUCAAGAAGCUCAAAAAGCUUUAGAAAAAGCUGAAGAAGCAGGUAUUUAA